UUUGAACCGUUAUGAACGGUAUGCCCGUGGAUGUUUAAAGGAUAUCUUAUAUAUCUGACACAAUUGUUUAUUAAUGGAUGUAUACAUGCUCGGUCCAAUUAUACGAGAGGUGACAACGGAAAAAUCAAUUUUAUUAUUUGAUAUUCAUUGUACACGCAUUAAAAAUAAAUAAAGAGAAUUAAAAUAAACAUUGUUAUGUGUUGUUCAGUUAUUGUAAGUCUGUGAAUUACAAUGCAUGGAACCAUGGUUAUAUUAGUAAACAUUAUUGGUAACUCCUUAUAGGAUUAAUGCUUAAUUAUUUAGUGGAAAAGUAUAAAUCAUGGAUUAUGAUUAUAUUUGCCUUCAAAGAGAAAGGGAUGUUCAUAAUAAAUGUUACGGUGGAAAAUUGUGGUGCAUCAAGGAUAUAUGUGGCAUAAUAUGUGCUGUUUUAACAUGGCUGUUAAUAAUUUAUGCAGAAUUUGUAGUAAUGGCAGUUAUCCUUAUUCCUACGAUAAACACUGUAUACUCUAGUUUAAAUACUGCAAUAUUCCAAUCUUUAACUUUUUUAGCAUUUGCUUCUCACUUAAGGACAAUGUUUACUGAUCCAGGUGCAGUACCAAAAGGUAAUGCUACAAAAGAAAUGAUAGAACAAAUGGGAUUUAGGGAUGGAGACUUAAUUUUUAAAUGUCCAAAGUGUUGUUCUAUUAAGCCAGAUAGAGCACAUCACUGUUCAGUUUGCCAAAGAUGCAUUAGAAAAAUGGACCACCAUUGUCCAUGGGUUAACAAUUGUGUCGGGGAAAAUAAUCAAAAGUAUUUUGUACUCUUUACUUUCUAUAUAGCAGGAAUGUCCUUACAAUCCUUAUUUUUAUGUAUACAACAAUUUACUACGUGCGUAAGACAAGAAUGGAAGGAAUGUUCUACGUUUAGUCCACCCGCGACAGUGGUGCUCCUACUUUUUUUGGCUUUCGAAGCACUUCUAUUUGCCAUUUUUACUGCUGUAAUGUUGGGAACCCAAUUGCAGGCAAUUUGGAACGACGAAACUGGCAUUGAGCAACUAAAAAAGGAGGAAGCCAGGUGGGUUCGUAACAGCAAAUGGAAAUCGAUUCAAGCAGUAUUUGGAAGGUUUUCAGUUGCUUGGUUUUCACCAUUCACUUCACCCCCAAAGGGGAAAACAAAGCUAGAUUCUUAUUUAUAUUCCGUGUAAUAUGUUAGGUUAUGUAACUGCGUCCCAGGGAUAUUUAAUAUAUGUAAAUAUAAACUACAUAAUUAUGACGUAUCAUAAAGUCAUGUACAACUCAAUAGAAUAUUUGUAAUUUUAUACAGUUUUCUAAUAUUUUCACUUCAUUGCGACCACUUUCGAAAAGUACUUAAAACGGCGAGUAGCAUUUAAUAUAUAUUUUAAUUACGAAAAUUGUAAACUUGCAAGCAUAUGCAAAGUAUGCAUCUCUCGAGAAGCUUGUAUUUAGACAUUGAUAUAAUUGUGUAUUAUGGUAGUGACAUGACUAAUUUAAAGAAGAAAAAAAAAAGAUGUUUUAUCCGUGAUACUAAAAUGUUAGUGUACUAAUAUAACCGAUUAUCGUGAAAGUUAGCAUAUAAAUGUACGCAAUUGUAUUAUACGUGGCAAUGAAUAUAUGUAAUAUUAAUUUUGAAAUCGAGAUUUCCGUGCACUCUAGAUAUUUAUAUGGCACAUUGUGAUACGUAGCAUAUUGUAUUUGUUAACGAUCUAGUUUACUCUUAACGAUCAAAAAGAAAUUAUUUUUCGGAACCGAUUGCAACCAUUUUACUAAUUAACGACGUCUCGACUAGACAAUAAAUAUAAACUAUCUGGCGACUUGUGGCAGCUGCAAGCUUUUUGUACGUCUUCUUUUCCGAGAGGCAUAUCACCAUUUAAUUUUAUUUUCUUAUUUUUCAAUUUUUGUAUUUAUAUGGAGAUACCUGAUUUUUUGUAUAAAUAAAUUGUUGUACAGUUUUUUACAUGUACCGAUGGUAUUAUCUUUGCACA